GCAACGGCCCUUAGCAACGCACCGUAUCCAUGGAGACCGUUGUCUGUCCGUCUAUCUGUGUGAAGGAAUGACACGUUACACAGGUCAAUACCCAGCGAAAAAACACACGAAAGUGUAAUUAAUCCAAACAUUUAUGACUUUUAUGGACUUAUUUCUCACCGAUGCUUUGAGAAGAUGGGAUGCAGCAGCUCAACAGACACCGUGAUCCAACCGCUGAGACCCGACGAGCUGAAUGGAGACGAGGACGAGACAGGUAGUAAACACGGUGGCCGUGGAGACUCUGCCGUAUCGAAGUGCACCACAGACAGCGGGGUGGUGAUGGAGAACAGAGAGUUACCUACAUUACCUGGAGCGGUGCCCACAAAACCCCUCCCAAUGACAUUUGUCAGGGAAAACGAGGCAGACAGUGUUACACAAGAUGCUGGCCCGGGCUUGCUGCAGCAGGAGAGCACAAUGCAGGAGCGUCUGAAGUCCAGUGAGAUCCUGGAGGAGCUGCUGAACCAGGGCAUCAUUCCAGUGGACCAGACCACAGAGAGGGGCAGCGGGGCUGGAGAGGCCUACGACAUCAUGCUGGAUAACAGGGAGGGGGUCAGGCGAAGACCUCCGGCCAGACUGGAGUCUCUAAAGGCCAAAAAACCACAACAUCUCCCCAGCAGAGAAGAGAUUGAGGAGAAGAUAAGGCUCGCUGAAGAGAGACGUAAGUUAAGGGAAGAUGAGCUCAAGACACGUUUGAGGACCAAGUCGGCCCGUGUUCGUGGACCCGCCCCCAACUCCAGGACUGAGGUGGACGAGGACGCAACCAUCACUCCCGUGGAGCCUCUACAGUCACCUCUCACACCUGACCCGACUCCAGGUCCGCUGGUUUACAGCCGGAUCAUACGUGAGGCGGCCGAGGGAGGAGAGUGUGUGAGAGAAUCAGGAGGUGACGGCAGGGAAACCAAAGAAGAAGUGAACACAGCGGGCAAGAAAGAAGAGAUGAAUGAGGCACCAGAGAGCGGAGAUACCAACAGGGAAGGGAGGGGGGGUGCAGAGAGGAUAAAUGAGGAGGAGGAGGAGGAGGAGUUGACCCAGGUGGAGGAGCUCAAGGCAGGUCAGCUCCUCUCAGCCUCAGGGGAGCUGGAGAGCGACUCCAGCUUUCAAUAUGCAGAAGACAAAGAGGAGGUAUUUUAAAUUAUUCCAUGAAUGAGCCAUGAAUCAGCACUACGAGAGUGAGGGAGGGAGCCAAAAUGAUUAUUUUUGCACAGUCAUGAGGCCUGUUUAAACUUAAGAAAGAUGUAAAAGAAAUAUAUACAGUAUAUAUUGUGCUGUGAUUGGCCUUACAAUCAAAAUGAGGCUAAUUUAAUCUCAUUUCCAGUGCAGGGAAGUGUAUAAAUUGUCGUAACAAUAUUGUAGCUCAGAUAUAAGCACUAAGGAAUAUGAGGGUUUUCUUUCCAAUGCAAUAUAAUUUACCUCAGUUAAUGCUUUAAUAAAUAUGACUAAAUCUUAAUGUUCUUGCCAACCCACCAAAUUGAUUUUAAUGAGAUGUUUGUUUUACAUUUAAUUGUUAAAAAAUAUAUUAUUCAGUCUUGUGAAGGGUGCAUUUGUUAUAUUAGACAUAAGAUGGCGCUGUUUCAGUGGGUUGAAGUUGUAUUACAGCUCCCUGAAGUCAGCACGCCUCAUCUUUAAGAUAAGCUACCAAGAGGUUUUGUCAGCACGUGAGGAAGUGCCUUGUUCUGGAAAGAUGUGUGAGGUGAAGUUUUAUUGAUCAAUAAAGUUUCCAUUGUUCCCAA